UUGAAUUGGGUGAAACAAAAAAGCCGCAAAAUAAUUGUUUCACAGUUUUUUUUGAAAAUUAGUGUUUAAAAUACAGAGUAAAAUGACAAAAUUAACUUCUUAAUUUUUUCGCGUUAAUUUUAGGAUGGAUAAUCUUACUAUAUACACCGAAUCACCAGGAGGAUGCAGGAAGCGUAAAAGAGAGUAUUAUGAAACAGAGCUUCAAACACAAAAAGAAGAAGCAAAGACAGUGUUGAGUAGUAGUUCGAAUGGAAUCGUUAAUCCAGCAUUCAGAUCAUCUACUCCAAACAAGGAGUUUACAAGGCCUAUUCGAAAAUUUUCAAAACGAUUCAAAUCUGUUAACCUAAAUAAGGAAAAUGUUAGAAAUAUUUCUGCGCAAACGGAAUCUGCACCUGAAUUACAAUCUCAGAAAAACAAAGUCUGCGAGCUUGAGAAUCCAUUUGAAGUAGUAAGGAAACUCCCCGCCAAAAAAAAGAAACCGGAUAUAGAAGAAUGUUGCUUUGAAAAUGCGGCUCUAAAUUUAAAUGCACCUGAAAAAGUUUUUAAUCCUUUUGAAAUACGCAGAAUAACGUCCCCAUCAAAAGAAACAACAUUAGUAAAAGAUUCUUGCUUUGUUAAUAAUGGGCUAGACAUACGAGUUCGAGAUACAAAUGUUAAUCCUUACGAAGUAGCUCGUUCAAAAUCUCCUGUUCAGAAUCCUGUUAAUGGAAUAUUGAAUCCUGCUUUGGAUAUAUGUUCUCCAAAUAAGAUCUCGGAUCUCAAAAAUUUUGCUAUAGCAUUACCUUUCCAACCGACAACAACUUGCCGAAUUGAUUUUGGAAAUAUUCCGCUGGAAAGUUUGUUGAGAGAAGAAACUUCAAAUACUUUAAAAAAAACACUAGAAGUGAUUGCGGAAGAUGAUGAAAUUGAUAUUGGAAAAGAAUUAGAUUGUUAUCAAUUGGAAUUAGAAAACAGUAUUAAUGAGGCGAAGUUAAAAAAGAGUAGCGCUGAAAUAAUAAACUCUAAUUUGAUGCAAGGGGACAGCGAAAAUGUCGUACUUGAAAAUACACCUAUAACAGACAAAAUCUCACCUAGUAAUAUAUUGGAAAUGUCAUUUAUAGCUAAUGAAAACAAGGGCAGUGAUACCAAAAACGAACAAAAUAUAUCAGAAAGCGAACCAGAAAUAAAUUUAUCUCAUCCUAAUAAUAUUGUUACGGGUGAUCCAGAAAAAACUGUGAAAAAUGAUCAAGAUUCAAAUUCAUCUAUGAGUGGGAACCCUGAUUUAGAAGAACCAACACCUUUUGUUAGGUAUUACAGAAAGCCUUUAGUAUUGAGUAAACCACAAGAAAUGGGUAAUUUGGAAGAUAUAGCAGAUGAACCCAUAAAAGAAGUGAAAUUGAAAAUUGGCACAGCAAUUCGAAAAAGCAUACGAAAAUUCAUAACUCAUUCAAAUAAAAAAGUGGAAAAUGAAAACAAUAUCGAACUAAGAGAAAAUAACGAAGCAACUGAUUUAAACCAAAACCACAAUAUAUUUCGUUCAAUUCGACAAAGUUUGAGACGUAAACCAUCUAAGACUAACCAAUUGGAUCAAGAACCAAAAAUUAACCAAAACGAAAUUUCGAUUGUUGAUUGUACUGAAAGAACUAAAGUUUUUCGUUCACCAAAAUUUAAAAAUCAAACCAAAGAUAAUUUAAAAACAGAGAGGUUAAAAAAUAUUUUUACAAAAAAUAAAUAUAAUUUUUAAAAACCCUUAUUAAACCCAACUACAUCAUAUUUUAAUAUUAAAUAUAUUUAUAAUAUGCGUACUGAUUAAAUAUUUAUUGAUCUUCGAUAGUUUGGGAAUAUCAAAUCUCAACCAAUCUUUCACGACAUUGAUUUAAGACUUAAAAUAGCACAAAGUAAAAAUUUAGUUUACUUUACACAGAUUCUAUAAAUUUUAAUUUUUAUAAUA